AUGUCUGCUAUUGGAGAAAAGAGAAACGCUGAGCAUGAGCCCACUUUCAACAAGAAGUCAAAGAUUGAAUCUCGUAACGAGCAAAAGUCCACUCGUUGGGAACGUAAAUCCCAUGACAAGAACUUUGAAAUGAUUGUGCAAGCAAAGAAGGUCUGGGAACAGCUUCGUCGUGGAGAUAUCAGCCGUGAUGAGCAAAAGGCUUUGAUGGCCAAAAUGAUGAGCAUCAUUGGUGGCAAAGUCCAAGAUGUUAUUUUCAAGCAUGAUGCUUCUCGUAUGAUCCAAACCUGUCUCAAGAAGGGCAAUGCCGAGCAAAGAAACCAAAUUGCAGAAGAACUCAAGGGAAAAUAUGUCGAGCUCUCCAAGUCCAUGUAUGGUAAGUUCAUCGUCAUGAAGGCAAUUGAAUACUGUCAUAAGCAAAGAGACAACAUUUUGCGUGAAUUCAGAAACAAUGUUCGCAAAUUGAUCCGCCACAAGGAAGCUUCCACCGUCAUUGAAACUUUCUACUCUCAAUACGCCAACGCUGCUCAAAGACAUGAACUGCUUGCCGAAUUCUACGGUCCUGAAAUGACACUAUUCAGCAACGGCGGUGGAGCAAAGACACUCGACGAUUUGUUGGCAGCCUUCCCUGACAAGAAAGAACCUGUAUUGAAGCACAUGGCCGAGAUGCUUCGAGGUUGUUUGGAUAAGGGCACCAUCACCAACAGCAUUGUUCACAAGGCUUUAUAUCAAUACAUGACAUUGGCUGAUGAUAAGGGGCGUGAGGAGAUGAUGGGUCAUCUCAAGGAGUCUCUGCAAGAGAUUGUACACACACGUGAGGGUGCCUGGGUUGCCAUGAUCUGUCUCUCGAUUGCCGCUCCCAAGGAUCGUAAGAACAUUAUCAAGGCAUUCAAACCCUUCUUGGUUAAAAUUGCUUCUGAUGAAUAUGGCUAUCUGGUCUUGCUUCGUUUGCUGGACGUCACUGAUGAUACUGUGCUGGUUUCCAAGGCUGUUCUCGGUGAAUUGAGUAAGCAUGCUACAGAGCUGUUUGCUGACAAGUUUGGCCGUCGCUUCUUCAUGUACAUUUUGGCUGGCAGAAACACUAGAUAUUUGUCCCCUGAAACUGUUCAGCUCUUGAAGGAAGGUGAUAAAAUCCGUGUAAGUAAGAAGGAACCCGAGAUCAGAGCUCAAGAAAUCUUGAAGGCUACUUCUCCUCAAUUGAUCAAAUUGGUGACAGAAAACGCUGCCAUCCUUAUGAGAGAGAAGCUUUCCUCUCAAGUUGUGCAAGAAAUUAUGCUUCAUGCUGUGGGCGACAAAUCUGCUGCUAUGGAUGCCAUCUUGGCUUUGGCUGGCGAAAAUAUCGAAAAGGAGAAUCACAUUAUCGAAGAUCGUUUUGCAAAUCGUAUUGUCAAGGCAAUGAUCAAGGCUGAUACCGCAGAGAGCGAAAACGACAAGGCUGUUGAGCCUCUUGAAUUUGCACCCAAGCUCCUUGAGGUGAUCAAGCCCCAUCUCGGCCACUUUGCUACCAACCACGGUAGCUUCAUCGUGCUUGCUCUUGCUGAAGAGCCUGCUACCAAGAAGGAGGUCAAGAAGGCACUCAAGCCUUUCAAGAAGGACAUUGAAGCAGCAGCCGCAGAGGGUAAUGCUGGUUCAAAGGUCUUGUUGAGCCAUCUCUAA